AUGGUUCAAUCCAAAUAUUUAGUCGCUCUUAAAAGAUUUACUUGUUUAGAAAAUUAUUUGAAAGGAUUCCUUCGUGAGAGCAAAGCAAAAGCUGCUUACAUACUCGCCUGUUCAUUGGAAGCGAUGCAUAGUGUAGGUGUUAUUCACUGUGAUCUUCAUACUGGAAAUGUCCUCGUUUUUGAAUACAUCUGCUAUUUUACAUCGAAUGAUGAUGGUUCGAAAUGGAUCGAAUAUCCAAUUAUUUCCGAUUUUGGUCUGGUGCGUCCUUUAAAUUGUAAUAAAGAUGGAAUGACCUUGUGGGAAUUGAAGCAUGAUUUUAUUUUUGCAACUUGCCGUCUAUUAAAAACAAUGCCACUAGCACAUUUGGAUCAAGAUAUAAAGAUCUAA